AUGGAUGGCUAUGAGCCCAGCCCCUCCUGCUGCUGCUCCGCCCUCCGACUCAGCUCUAUGAAUGGAUCGCCCAAGAAGGGCUCCAAGAAAGCCGUCACCAAGGUCCAGAAGAAGGACGGCAAGAAGCGGAGGAAGAGCAGGAAGGAGAGCUAUGCCAUCUACGUCUACAAGGUGCUGAAGCAGGUCCACCCCGACACCGGCAUCUCCUCCAAGGCCAUGGGCAUCAUGAACUCCUUCGUCAACGACAUCUUCGAGCGCAUCGCAGGGGAAGCCUCCCGCCUGGCUCACUACAACAAGCGCUCCACCAUCACCUCCCGGGAGAUCCAGACCGCCGUGCGCCUGCUGCUGCCCGGAGAGCUGGCCAAGCACGCCGUCUCCGAGGGCACCAAGGCCGUCACCAAGUACACCAGCGCCAAGUGA